AUGGCCCUAUUUCAUUUUGGCUUACCAGACAUUGCACCCCUUAUACCUGACACAGUACCUGCACCUAGUGAUUCUUCUUUCGUUAAGACGUUUACUGCUGCACCUUCAACCGCUGAUGUUGCUCUCAUGAAGACCGAGGUCCAUUGCGCCAACAUGCCUAUCGCUUUCCUUCAAGGCAUACCCGCACCCCGUGAAGGAAAAGAAAAUUCCUACCCUGGUGAAAGGUCUAACUUUGAUGAUUCCAAUCCGGAGGAUUGUUUACCAUCUUCUAUCGUAAAAAAGAUUUACGGAAUUGCAAGAGAAUACGUUGAUCAUGGAGAUGCUAUUUUUGUAUGUUCUUACUGUCAUGCAAUGCUUUGGAAAGAUGAAAUGCUUAGGGGUAAUUUAGAUUCUAAGAAAUCGUCUUUUUCUCUUUGUUGUUCGAACGGAGACGUUGAAUUGCCUUCCUCACCUUCUCCUCCUCCACUUCUCGAAAGAUUUUAUAAAAGAGUUACUCCUGAAAGCCGCAAUUUCAUGAAUAAUAUUCGAACAUAUAACAUGAUGUUUUCCUUCACAUCCCUUGGUGGCAAGGUUUCUAAAACUUUUCAAAAAACCAAAGGUCCUUAUGUUUUUGGACUGCAAGGACAAAAUUACCAUCGCAUUGGUAGCCUGUUACCGAAUGAUGGUGAAGAGCCCAAAUUUUCACAGCUUUAUAUUUAUGAUUCCCAAAACGAGGAUUUUAACAGUCAAAAGGCUGUAAGAUGUUUAAAAGACAAACGGUUGAACCCUCAAGAUAGACCAGAUAUUAUCUCACGGUUAUUCAAAAUUAAAAUCAAUCAUCUAAUUCAAGAUUUCAAGAAACAUAAAUUCUUUGGUGGGAUACAAGCAAUUAUUUAUACAAUCGAAUUUCAGAAACGUGGUCUACCUCAUGCUCAUAUAUGUUUGUUCUUAAGUGCCGAGAGCAAGUUUCCAAUGACUAAAGAAAUCGAUUCGGUUAUUAGUGCUGAAAUACCUGACAAAGAGAUGGAUGCUGAACUGUAUGAACUUGUCAAACAAUUUAUGAUCCAUGGUCCUUGUGGUACAGACAAUCCUCAUUGUCCAUGCAUGGUUAAUUUAAAAUGUUCGAAAAAGUUUCUGAAAAAAUAUGUAGAUGAGACUUGUGUUGAUUCUGAAGGAUAUCCUGUCUACCGACGUCGUCAAUCAUGCAACACAAUAGAAAAACAUGGCGUGUUGCUUGACAAUAGGUUUGUAGUUCCAUACAAUGCUAUGCUACUAAAAAAGUAUCAGUGCCACAUAAAUGUUGAGUGGUGUAACCAAACAGGAUCCAUCAAAUAUCUCUUCAAAUACAUUAAUAAGGGUCCGGAUAGAGUGACAGCUUCUGUUUACGAAAGUACCACCACUGCUAAUGUGAACCAUCAAAACGAGGAAAUGACAAAUAAUGAAAAUCUCUCAAACGAAACAGAAGUAAAUGAAGGUAAAGCAUAUCUUGAUUGUAGAUAUAUUUCAGCGUGUGAAGCUGCUUGGAGAAUCUUGAAGUUUGACAUACACUAUCGAUUUCCAUCUGUUGAAAUAUUACCUUUUCACUGUGAAGAUGGUCAGGCUAUUGUUUAUGACGAUAAUUCAAACUUGUGUGACGUGGUCAGUAACCCAACUGUGAAAAUGUCUAUGUUCACAGAAUGGAUGAAAUGUAAUCAAACAGAUGCAUUUGCUAGAACUUUGAAGCAUAUAGAGUUCCCCAGAUACUUUGUAUGGAUAUGCAAAACACGAAAGUGGGUACGUAGAAAAAAACCUUUUGGUGCAGUUGGUAUGAUACAUUAUGUACCUCCAUCACUUGGUGAUUGUUAUUUCUUGAGAAUUUUAUUGAAUCACGUUAUAGGACCAAUGAGUUUCAAUGAUAUAAAAACAGUUGAUGGAAAAAUAUAUCAUACCUUUAAAGAUGCAUGUUUCGCUCACCGUCUGUUGGACGAUGAUAAGGAGUAUUUAAUGGCCAUUAAUGAAGCAAGUACAUGGGCUACUUCUGAUUUCUUGCGUACAUUUUUUGUAAUGUUGUUGAUGUCAAACUCCAUUUCUAGGUCGGGUAAUUUCUGGAUGGAAUCAAAAUCUCUAUUGUGUGAAGAUAUAUUAUAUCAGCAACGGAGGAUUACUGGUAUUGCUGAUUUGGUUCUUCCAGGGGAAGAGAUUGAAAACAUUUUCUUAUCACAUAUCGAAAAACUGUUACUUGGUUAUGGAAGUACGUUAAGCAACUUUUUUGACAUGCCAAAUGAACUUUCGUAUGAUCGGGCUAUCUUAAAAAAGGAACUUGCAGCUUCCUUAAAAUCUUUAACUGAUGAACAGCGAAAAGUGUAUGAAACCGUCAUGAAUGCAGUUGUUAAAGGAAGUGGAGGUGUUUUCUUUCUAUAUGGUUACGGUGGAACUGGUAAAACAUUUCCGUGGAAAACAUUUGCAGUCGCGUUACGUUCCAAUGGUGAAGUUGUGUUGAAUGUUGCAUCCAGUGGUAUUGCAUCACUUCUAUUAGAUGGUGGUAGAACGGCUCAUUCUAGGUUUGUAAUUCCGAUAAAUGUUAAUGAGGAUUCUAUAUGCUCUAUAGAACCAAACAGUGAGCUAGGAGGCUUAAUAAAAGAAACUAAGAUGAUAAUCUGGGAUGAAGCGCCAAUGACACAUAAGCAUUGUUUUGAAGCUCUGGAUAGAACAAUGAGAGAUAUAGCCCAUUCCAGUAAUCCGUCCUUGCAGAACAAACCUUUUGGUGGAAAGAUUGUGCUUUUUGGCGGUGACUUUAGACAAAUCCUUCCGGUCAUUCCAAAAGGUACCAGAAGCAUGAUUGUAAAUUCUUCAUUGAAUUCUUCUUAUAUAUGGCAGGAUUGUCAGUUACUCAAGUUAAUUGAAAACAUGAGGUUAAAAAUGGGUACCAAACCAAGUAAUUUUAACGAGACCAAGGAAUUUGCUGAAUGGAUUAUAAAGCUUGGUGAUGGUCUACUUGGUGGUCCAAAUGAUGGAGAAGUGGAAAUUGAAAUUCCAGAUGAUUUACUUAUACUCGAUGCAGUUAAUCCUAUAUCUUCAUUGAUCGCUUUCACAUAUCCGGAUAUGCAAAAAUUUUUUAUGCGAUUCAAAUUACUUCCAACAAAGAGCCAUUCUUGCACCCACAAAUAA